AUGGCUUUGUGGGGCUUUGUCACGGGAAGGCUGAUGGUCAUUCUCGUCGUCGUGGUAGCAUCUUGUCUGGGAUGUGAGGGGAGGGGUUGUCACGACAACGAGCGGGGGGCUUUGCUCGAGAUCAAGAAGCUGCUUAACCCCCCUUCCGACAGCUCGGACAUGUACCACUGGGGUGACUCAACAAUGGAAGAGGGAAAAAACUGCUGCCAAUGGUUUGGCAUUACCUGCAACCCCAACACCGGUCACGUGGUCGGGCUGUAUUUAUACGGCGAGGAUCGGAGUGAUGUGGAGGAAACAUGGCGCCCAAACCUCACCAUGUUGGCGGAGUUUGGGCAGCUAGAGAGCUUGAAUCUGUGGGGGAAUCAGAUAGGCGGUGGCAUUCUAGAGGGUGAGUAA